AUCUGCUGAACACACACAUCACUGCCUGAUCACUGAUCACAGAGAACUCAACAGCUCAGCAUUUAGCAUUCAGCAUACGAACCGAGAGAGCCAGCACAUGAGCUGCUCAACAUGAAAUCACUGUUUUUGAUAUUACUUGGACUGGCGACAGUGACGUUUGCUGCAGAAGAAACGUGUGUUGGACGGUGUAAAGAAGGCUUCGACUCUUCAAAGAAAUGCCAGUGUGACAUGAUGUGCAAGUACUACGGAAGCUGCUGUCAGGAUUUUGAGACCACAUGCCGGAGCAAAAUUGCCCGUGGAGAUGUGUUUGACCUUCCUGAGGAAGAUGUGAACACUACAGUGACCCCCACCACAAAGCCAAUCGUGACCACUGCCAUUCCCACCACCCCCGUACCCACCACCACCAACAUACCCUUCUCCACUGUACCUCCUGACCCGGAGGCAGUCGCCUGCAGCGGCCGCACGUUUGAUGCCUUCCUGCAGCUAAAGAAUGGAUCUAUUUACGCCUUCAGAGGUGAUUACUUCUUUGAGAUGGAUGAGCGCUCAGUGAUGCCAGGCUAUCCCAAACGCAUCAAAGAUGUCUGGGGCAUUUCUGGUCCAAUCGAUGCUGCCUUCACUCGAAUCAACUGCCAAGGAAAGACUUAUAUAUUUAAGGGUAACAAGUACUGGCGCUUUGAUGGUGAUGUUUUGGAUGAGGAUUAUCCCAGAGAUAUCUCUGUGGGCUUUGAGAAGAUUCCAGAUGACGUUGAUGCUGCGUUUGCCAUUCCUGCUCCAAGCCACCAUGGGAAGGAGAAAGUGUAUUUCUUUAAAGGUGACCGCUAUUACCAGUAUGAGUUCAAGCACCAGCCGUCACAUGAAGAGUGUGUCCAAAUGACCAGGUCCUCCCCCUCUGUUCUCUUCACAAGCUACACUAAAUUAUACUGUGACGACGAAAUGGGAAACCUGUUUGACUUUCUCUUUGGAAGCUUACAGGGACAUCACAAAGGUCCCCGCUUCAUUGCCAGAGACUGGAUUGGCAUCAAACCUCCAGUAGAUGCUGCGAUGGUGGGCAGGCUAUACAUGACCGCCGUACCUUCCACCUCACCAGCUCCAUCCACAGGCGGAGAUGCAGUUCUCGGCAGGAGACGGCCCCACCGCAGGAGAAAGCACAAGAACCGUGGUUCCAGGCUCAGCCGCUCACUGUUCUGGGAGGAUUUUGGAUUGGAUUAUGAAGAGAGGUAUUUUGGAGCAGAAAGAAGAGGUAAAGAUCAGAAGAAAGGACGGGGAAAGCGUCCAUCUCUUUUUGACUACAGCUAUGACUCUGAGGACUACGCUGAUGUGGAGAUCACUGUGCAGGAGAAAGCAAUGCCAGUGCAAAAUGUCUAUUUCUUCAAAAAAGAUAAAUACUACAGAGUGGAUCUGCAGACCAAACGGAUCGACUACGCCAACCCUCCCUACCCGAGAUCCAUCGCCAAGUACUGGCUGGGAUGUAAAGUAAAGGAAUUGGCAGAGAAAUAAAAACUAUGAAAGAAUGUUUGUCAGGAAUAUCAAGCCCAGCAGCCACUGUUUUAUUAACCUUGCUUUCGUUAGGAUGGUGAAAAAUUAGGCAUCUGGCCUCUAAUUUUCGUAACCUUCUCGUAACCUGAAUCAAAGUUGCUGACCUGUUGCCUUCUAAAUGAAAAAAUACUGAUAUUUCCUUUUAUAUGACCCAGUGGAAUAUUCCUGUCAUGCCGUUGAUUAUCACAGUCAAUAAAAAUGUGUUUAUCAUGAUGUUAAA